GCUGUGCGAGGGGAUUGCUGCAGAUGACGUGCCUCAUCGUUUUGAGGUGUAAACAGCGCGUAGUUGACUGCUGAAUCCUUUUGCUCUGUGUUGUGUCGAUUGAUUGGUACAAAACCUAAAUUGACAGCGGUCACGAAAGCCUUCUCGGCUCCAGUCGGUGCGACCAUGAAGUGGUUCGAGGGAUCUAUUCCCGAGGCAAUCGCUCUGGCCAAGUCCAAGCAACAACUCUUCCUUGUGUUCAUUGAAGGAAACGAUGAACUCUCAAAGGCCAUGGGCACCACUUAUGAAGAUGCAGCUGUUUCGUCUAAGUUGCAGACUUCUCGCUGUGUUGCCAUCAAGCUUCAGGCUGGCAGUGAGCCAUGCCAGCAGUUCUCGCAGAUCUACCCAGUUGUGGUUGUGCCAUCAAGCUUCUUCAUCGGCUGCAAUGGCAUUCCUCUGGAGGUGAUCGCCGGCAGCGUGGAGCCACCAGAGCUGCUGAAUCGCAUUGACAAACUCUUCCAGGAACCCACCUCUGUUGGCGACAAUGGUAGCGUGCCAACUGAAGCAGCCCUUGAGCCAGCACCAAGUGCUUCACAGGCUGAGGUCGUGCCUUCUACAGAAGCCCCGCCGUCAGACACGGCUACCCUGGAGGAAAGGGUUGAGAGGGCAAAGCGUCUUGUUGAGGAGCGGCGCCUGCAGAAAAUCAAGGAGGAAGAGGAGGCUGUGCGGCAGAGUGAGAUUAAGCGAAGGCGAGUGGCCAGGGAGCUGCAGAUGGCACAAGAGUCGCGGGAGGAUCAGCAGCGCCGUGAGUUGGCACGUCAGCGGGCGCAGGACAAAGAAGAAGAACGCAAGCACAGAGAACGCAUCCAGGCCCAGAUUGCACAGGACAGGGCAGAUCGCGCCGAGAAAUAUCACAAGGAGAAAGCCGAAGAGGAACAGCUCAAGCGGCAGCGCGAAACUCAGCGGCUCCUCGAACAACAGCAGAAGGCUGUGCAGGAAGCAGCUGCACGGAGCCAGGUAGCGAGGAUACAGUUCCGUUUGCCAGAUGGGUCAUCUGCCGCACACACCUUCGAUGCUGCCGCCACACUUCAGGAUCUGCACGACUAUGUUGUGGAGACUGUGCAGCCGAGUUUCAGCAACUUCACCCUGUCAACAACGUUCCCGCGCCGGGAGUUCACCCAGGAGCAGUACCAGAGCAGCCUUCGGGAGCUCGAGCUGGCCCCAUCGGCUGUAAUUCUCGUGGUACCUGUCAGCACGCCCAGUGUCGUGGUGCCAGCAGCAGUGAGCAAAUCGGGGGCGUCACUCAUGAACCUCCUGUGGUCUCUGCUGACACCAUUUGGCGUGAUUUGGAGUCUCUUCGUCGGCCAUUUUGGGUCACCUGACCCUCCAGUGUCAGCUCCCGACAGCAGCACCUCAGCUCAGCGCAGUGACCAGCCUUCUUUUGGGUCUCAAGAGCAGCAGCAAGCACAGGGGGGCGCACGCCGACGGCGCACAGCACCGCAGCCGCAGGGUGAAGGUGUGUACCAACGUGAAGGGAACGUAUACCGCUUCUCUAACCAACGCAUCAGUGAUGAAGACGAUGACACCAACACCUGGAAUGGGAACUCCACUCAGCAGAUGUAGCCUUGCCUUCAAAUGAGGGUGGCUGGGAGCAGUACAAAAAGAAAAUAUAUUAUAUAUAUGUGUCUGUGCAACAGGGAAUGGGCCUUGUUCAAGUCAAAGGUGUAUUAGAUGUGACGUAAGC